AUACAAUGUUGAAACAAGAAGGAAAAAAAAUCCAGGCUUGGUCCAUGUCUACUUUUUAUGAAAAUGGAUUCAGUAUUUUCCUAAAUCUGCUGGCAAAGAAACAAACUAACAACCUGGUGAUUGUGCAGGUGGUAAUUACUUGUAGAUCUGAGUCUAAUUGAUCAUUCCCUUUUGUAUCUAAACCUUCCUGCCUCUCUCUAACUAAUCCAAAAGCCUCUACCUGUUAUUCUCUCUUUUUCUUGCAACGGAUCAAAGACGAUGUCUAAGAAGAUCACCCAGUGCUCUACAGUGGAUCAGUUGGAGCAUGAUCAGCCUCCCAGCCGCUGUCAGGUAGACCGCUCUGCAAAUGUAUCAGCAGGCUGUCGGAACAAGGCGGACCCGGGCCAGAGGAACGGAGAGGCGGCGUCUUCGUCCCCAGAAAGUGGCAGCUUGAAUGGAGAUGGAAAUCGAAGCACCAAAAGCCGCAGACGCAGAAAAAGGGCAUCAAAUCCUGAGAGUCGCGCUGAGGGAAAGGUCGAAAGUAAAACUAAGAAUGUAGAGAAAGCAGACCCCCGUGCUGGUUUGGUCGGCCUGCAGUCAGAAUGUGCGAACGUAUGGUUUGAGCGGAGCAUCUAUGAGCGAGCUGAGAGCCUGUACCAGUGCUGGUUGGUGAACUCCAGCAGUGGGAAAGGCCAGUCAAACCAUUCGCCUCCAGCCCCAGGGAAAUCCUCCAAUUCUCCAUCGACUCCUACCACUGUGGCCCCUUCUUCCUCAGGACUUGCAUGUCACCAUGGUGAUCAGAUUGCGUGUCACCAUGUGGUCCAGGCAGUGUGGAUAAACAAGACAACCUUUGACCAAGCAGAACGCCGUUUUGUGGAAUCCAUGCAACCAUCUGUUCCAAACUCUCUGAACCUCUCAUCCAUUCCUGACCGCUCUGUUGCAUCCAGAACGCCUGAUGAAGGAUACCAGUCUCUUGCCCCAACUCCUGCAACCCCCGUUGUCCAGCAGGCAGCCGUCACACCAACAUCCCGACAAUCGAUCAACGGACUGCCCCGCAUCCCCGUGGAGCUGCUCCGAGAUGUGUGGCUGGAGAAACCGCUGUAUGACCGCGCCGAAGCAGCCUUCUACCAAAACCUGUGCAACAACAACUCCACCAAACGCACCGGCGGCACCUCCAGAAGUAGCGACCACCCUCAAAGCCUUGUAGAAGAAGAGGAGGAAGAGGAGGAAGUUGCGGUGGAGGAAAAACACAUGGUCUCGCAGGGUAAAGCGGAAGUCUUCCACGCCUUGCAUCCCAUUCAAGAGGAGGAGGAGCCAUCUGAGGUUUCGGAUAAGGAAGAAGCAUCUCCACUAUCUGGAGUCUGCUACUUCCUUCAUCCCGACAGCGAGCGGGUGUGGCUGGACAAGUGGCGUUAUGAUGCUGCAGAGAGUCGUUUCCAUAGUAACAGUGGGGGAGCAGCCGUGGCGGCGAAGAGGCCGGACGCAGAUGCCUCAUCAGUCGCCUCCACCGCCCCACUGAGGGACAAAACCAUGAGUGCAUUGGACUGUCUGGCCCAGGAGAAGAUCUGGUUUGAAAAACCUCGUUAUGAUGAGGCAGAGAGACGCUUCUAUGAGCGCAUGAACGGCUAUGUUCAAGCCCCACAGGAUGUGGGAGCGAACACCAUCCUGCAAGACAUUGCUCGGGCCAGGGAGAAUAUCCAGAAAUCUCUAGCAGGACUGAAGAACACACUGAGUAACAGAGGGUCUGCUCAACCUUCCCCGAGCCUUCCGUCCCACAUUACGACCAGCAGCACUAACAGCACAGCUGAUCAGGGAGAGCUCAUCUCUCGCAUCAAGAGCCUGGAGUUGGAGAACCAGAGCUUGCACAAAGUGGUGGAUGACCUAAGGACAGCACUCUCCAAACUGGAGUGUCGGGUGGCAGUUCUGGAGAAAUCGCCUGCACCUGCGCCCCCAGCUCCCACUCCUUCAGUUCCCUAUACAAAUGGCACUACUGUCCAGCAGAAGUCAAGCGCUCCCGUUAAAAAGGAGGAAGAGGACGAGGAUGAUUUUGACCUGUUUGGCAGUGAUGAAGAAGAUGAAGAAGCAGAACGGAUCAAAGAGGAGAGGUUAAAGGCGUACGCAGAGAAGAAGGCAAAGAAGCCCGCCCUCAUCGCCAAGUCUUCGAUUUUACUGGAUGUGAAACCUUGGGAUGAUGAAACAGACAUGGUGAAGUUGGAGGAGUGUGUACGCUCGGUGCAGGCUGACGGUCUGUUAUGGGGAACGUCCAAGCUGGUUCCUGUAGGUUAUGGAAUCAAAAAGCUCCAGAUUGCAUGUGUGGUGGAGGAUGACAAGGUGGGAACAGACAUGUUGGAGGAAGAAAUCACCAAGUUUGAAGACUAUGUCCAGAGUGUUGACGUCGCAGCUUUCAACAAGAUCUGAGUUGAGUUUGUCUCGUUCUGUCUUUGGUCACGCCUUGUUUUUCUGCUGAUUGUGUCAACGGUUAAAAUAAUAAAAACUCUUGCACUGA